CCCAGCUCUAUGGUGCGUGCCGCUCGCCAGCUCCGGCCGGUGAUUGGCUGGGAGGUCAGUUCUCGCGAGACGAGAGUUGCGCGCAGAGUCCCGGCUGAGAGAGGAGGCGGAGUGGGGUCUGGGUCCGCGCACCGGGGCCGGCAGCAGUGGCUCGUUCGUGAAAAUCCAGAAUGAGUUAUGCAGAAAAACCUGAUGAAAUCACAAAAGAUGAAUGGAUGGAAAAACUCAAUAACUUGCACAUCCAAAGAGCUGAUAUGAAUCGCCUGAUCAUGAACUAUCUUGUUACAGAGGGGUUUAAAGAGGCAGCAGAGAAGUUUCGGAUGGAGUCUGGAAUUGAGCCCAGUGUUGAUCUAGAGACUCUGGAUGAAAGGAUAAAAAUUCGAGAAAUGAUACUGAAAGGACAGAUUCAAGAAGCAAUUGCAUUGAUUAAUAGUCUCCAUCCAGAAUUGUUAGAUACAAACCGAUACCUUUACUUUCAUUUGCAGCAGCAGCAUUUGAUUGAACUGAUUCGGCAGCGUGAGACAGAGGCAGCCCUGGAAUUUGCUCAGACUCAAUUGGCAGAACAAGGCGAGGAGAGCAGAGAAUGCUUGACAGAAAUGGAGCGCACGCUGGCAUUGCUUGCCUUUGAUAAUCCUGAAGAAUCGCCCUUUGGAGACUUGCUCAACAUGAUGCAGAGACAGAAGGUAUGGAGCGAAGUUAACCAAGCUGUUCUAGACUAUGAAAAUCGCGAGUCAACACCCAAGUUGGCUAAAUUACUGAAACUGCUUCUGUGGGCUCAGAAUGAACUGGACCAGAAGAAAGUAAAAUAUCCCAAAAUGACAGACCUCAGCAAGGGGACAAUUGAGGAACCCAAGUAAAUUGUGUGCAGAUGGACACCAAGAAAUCUUAGUACUGCACAGUAUACAUUUAUAUCAGUCUGUGACUGAAAUAUUUUUACUACAGUACAGAACUCAACAAUUCAGAUUUUUUUCAACGAACAUCUUAUUUAAAGGGAGAAAAGUCCCUUUUAAAUGCUGAGAAAACUGCAUUGAAAGGCGCUGUAUCUCUUUGAAAGUCUGAUUUAGGCUAUGCACUAUCAUACAUUUUUAAAAAAUCCAAUUAGACAGGAAAGAAAAAAAUGGCAUUUUAAAGUACAGUGCUCAAGGUUUCUAAUUGGCUACUGAUGCUUAGUUUAGUGGCCAGUGAGUUAAAUGGGGUUAACUAUUCAGUUAAGUUUAACUCUCUCUCAUUUGAAAUGUAUAUAGAUCAGUGAAUAUUUUCUACCUUAUGUUAAGUUAUAGCAAGAUAUGCAUUUCCCUUUAAAACUAACAACUGGUCAAGUUUUCAUCUAAAACUUUCUUACUGUACGGCCAACCUUUUGCAUAGGAAAUAGUGUAUAAACUUGUAAAUCAUAAUUUAAGGACUUUUUUUCCUUGUUUCUGACUCUGGUGCUUUAUUUAUAUGGUGAGAGCUCUGUUCACAGUGGAUCAAUGACCCAUCUUUUCACAAGUAGUAUUGCUGGAAAUAAAAGUUUCUUUUUAAUUUCAAGAAUGACCAAAAUGGCCUCCUGAAAUAAGACAUUAAAUCAUAUAUUUAAAUAGGGUUUUGUUUUUGAUUAUUCAGGGAUUUUUUUUCCUUAUGUUAAACUUCCACCUCUAGUCACUGCAGUGAUGCCAGCUGGUUACUACACCCUUAAUGGCCACUUGUGUGUGGCUUGGUUAGCUGAAGUCUCCUUGGUGAUACGAGGGAAGGCGGGAAUCAUAGACUUUUUUGCAAGUGUCCACCCUCACGCAGGGUCUGCCUUUGUGGAAUAGCUUGCAGGAUUUGGGGGUGGGUGGGUGGCAUAGCUUGUAGUGUGCUAGUGGUAACCAUUCUUUUGGCAUAUUAUGCCUUGGAUGAAUGGAGCAGUGACGUUACAAAACCCUUUUCCCUAAUCCCAGUGACUUCAUAUCUUUCUGGAGAGAUGCAGUUCAUCUUCACAGCUGUGCUAUUGUUUGUUGGCUGUUCCACUCCUAUUAGAAACAUUAUAAUGCUUACACAUGAGGCCCUGAUUUUCUUGGUCACCAGAUUGUAAUCUUCUGGGUGUAGGCGGUUUUGCUGGAUGUAUGACUUAAUCUUAUAUUAUUUCAUACUGGUAUAUCUGGUAGUAUUAUGUACUGACCUUGCCAAAUUGAGAUCUAGAUUUUUAAAACCCAUAUGCUGAGUUACUACAAAACUGCUGAACAAAGACCAGUUUGGUGGAGGAAAUAUCAUAGUAUCACAGUGCACUGGCAAUUUACACUCUACCCAUCAGAUAUUGUGGAUAUCCUAGUCUGGUAACUACUACCCUGUAGAUUGAAACUACUUAGUUUCCACUUAAUUUUCUGGAAUACUUAUGCAUUAAACGUAAAAGCUUUGCAGAGACAUGACUUAGAGAAUAACAAAACCUGUUCCUGAUUGCGUUACUGUGAACAGUUUACUUGUGUGUAGCUAUUUUCUGGGGGAGACAGUUGUCUCCUAAGCAGCUAUAGAGAUACCUCAGUGCCAAGGUUAGUCUAGGUGGUGGAUAUAAAACAAGAGACUGAUCUGUCCCAUUUUACUACUGAUGGUUUUAUUUGACAUCCUGAGGCUUUCACCAUACGCAACUCUUGUAAUUCAUACAAAACUGUAAUGAACUGUCAUUGGCCACCACCUGCAAUAAUGAGCUGGCUUUAUUUCACCCUCGUUGGUUAUUCUAACAAUUUACCUGCACUGAGAAGAUAAAUAUUGUUUUCAGUCAGUUGCUGUUUUUUAAAGUAUAUUAUUUUAAUUUGCAAUCUAUAUGGUUAGUGUCAUUUUGUUUAAUAACAAACUGCAGAAAUUAAACUGUUUGCUCUGAUUCCUUCAUGAACAACUGAUCAACUUUUCCUCCAGUGUGACACUUUUUGUGCUGAUCCUCAUCUGAAGCUUUUCCAGGAGGAAGUGGAAAGUGGUGAAUUUUUGUGGCAUGACUAGCAUUUUUCUCUAUGAGAAAUGCGAUAUUACAGACCUGGUUGAAGAGUUCACCAUACUUUUAGAAUGCUACAUUAAUUCCAUAUAGUCUUUGGGCGAAGUGCAUAGAUUGCCUUCCCCCCCCCCCCCCACUUAAAAAUAAGAUGUUUUCUAAGUGGUUGAAAUAUAACAUUUUAGUAAAGGAUUAUUUGAGUUUGUUUUUAGUAAUAUACCACAUUGAUAAACAGCUUUAAUCUGUAAAGUCUUUAAUUGCAAGAAAAUAUUCAAAAGCUAUGCAUUUUACAGAAAGCAUAAAGAUAUUCAUAAUGGUACUUUUAGGGAUCUUUAUAUUCGUGUAUAUAAUUUGCAUAUACAAAUAUAAUAUAUACUCUGAAAUACUCUUGAAUGGUAGGGGCUGUGAAACAUAACUUAUGGAAAUACUGUGCACAGUAAACGCAGACCUGAGUACAUGAAUUAAUUUUUGUCAUGCAUGAGAAAUGUCUUAUUUGGUGACUACUAAUUAAUGGAUUUUGUUAUAUCCAUCAUUGUUAGAUAACCACUUUAACAAGUAACAUUAAAUACCACUUUGAUCAGUUU